AUGCUUCGAAUUUUUCUAGGAUUUAUUCCUUAUAAUAUUCAAGUUCAUGAAUUCGAUAAGACCUUACAGUACGUAACCUUACGAUUAAUUCUCCUUCCAUUAACAAACGUUUUUACUUAUUGUUCGAAUAUACUAUUAUCAAGCGUCAUCAACACUUAUCUUCGAUAUAUUGUAGUAUAUGAAGUAUUUUCAUCUGAAUGA